UGGACGUACAAGAUGGGAGCAAACAAUGUACCUUCUAGACGUCAUGAAGACUAGAUCUCGAACAGACGCAAUUCUAUUUGCCAGAAAGCUGAGCAAAACCAAAGGCACACAAGAUCUCGGAAAGAAAAUCCUUGCAAAAGCAGGAGAAGAAUUUGAAGAGACAUCACAACCAGUUGAAGAUACUCGUCAAACACAACCCUACAUUGCUAUACCCACACUUCCUACUUUGCUUGUCACUCUGUUCUGCAUUGCUGUAAUGUUAAUUUUCAUCAUACAAUGGAAAGCCUGCACAGGUAACAGUCAAGAAGACAGAGUCAUACUAAUAUAUCUGGAAAAACAAGAUCACUUACAAACAGUAAUCAUCAGUCUGCCAUGUGCUGGGAAACUAACAGUUUCUAUGUUUGGGCAAAAAGAGACCAAACAACAGCAAACUGAAGGCAACCAAAACCGCAAGAAGGCAUCAGAAUACAAAACUAUGAAAGAAGUUUGA